AUGCGCGGCAGUCACGAGUUAGCUAACUACAUUGACACUCAGGCCCACCAUCGAGACAUAAGCCGGCGAAAGACAGACCCACGAGCUCGGGGUCGUCAAAACGCAAGUCCCUUGCUGCAGCUUCCAACAGAGAUAAUCCAGUAUAUUGCAUAUCUUCUCCCGAGCGAUGCCGAUAUAGUUAAUCUGGUGUCGUGCUGUGUCCACCUAGCUAGGGCAAUCUUACCGGCUCACUCAUCCAUCUGGCGCCAGCGAUUCAAGGACCUUUACGGUAUCACUCAGACACGUCCUUCAAGCGAGCUCAAACUGGAGUAUCAGAUACGUUCUAUUGUGCUGUCUCAGAAGAUCAGCUUCCGAUACGGCCAGAAGAAGGAGCAAACAUUGUGGCUGGAAGUGCUGAGAGACAUGCUUCUGGAGGCACUUGAAUCAGCCCCGACAGAUGAACACACUGCUUCCAAGCUCCUCGAGCAGAUUCGUGGGACACUCCACAACUCGGAAUUCCUGAACAGACCUGUGAGCGGAUAUGGCGACACGAAGGCCGAUGCCCCUUCUGAGUUGUUUUGCGCUGUUCAGCUAUGCCUCACUCAUCUGGUGUUGGACCCGUCUAUGGCCUUCUAUUGCCUCAGGAAUGACUAUGAUAUUGGCGCCGUAUAUUCAUUCCAAGCGGAUAUUAGCGAGCCGCUUGUGAGUGUAGGCAAGCUGGACUUGGAGAAGGUUUUGCACAUUCGCAACUUCUGGCUUCGCCAUCUCCUCAAUCCGAACGAAGCGACAUUCUUCUCCUCGUAUACAUCGCUGUAUCAGCGACCGAAAGCCACGCGACCUCUGGCCGACAGCAAAUCUUGCUCUUUGCGAAUCAAGCUAGACCCUGACCUCUUGAAUUGGCCGACCUUAUUCGACUCCAUCAUCCCUAUCCUGGGGUCGAAAACGCAUUGCUCGUACUUUCGCGGCAUUGAGACACAGCACGGAUCUGAUGACGAUGCAACGUACCUUGUGCGCGGCUUUACAGAAUCCAUCCCCACGGCUCACGGUGGCUUCCCCAAUUGGCGCCGUAUAUGCUUUGCCAUCUACGAUGCGAACAGGGAACACCUUCCGCUUAUACCAAACGAUAAUGAGACAUCUGGAAAGGGAAAGGAUGAUCUGUGGUUUCCAGAGGAAGCGUGGCCGCCAUAUGAUUUGGAGGUAGAAUUCAAUUGGAUCCAUGGAUACGAGGGAGUCAUUCUUCCCAGUGGAACGAUCAUGAUCGGACGAUGGAUUGAUAUGAUAGAACCGAAUGCUCGAGGCCCUUUCAUUUUCUGGACUAUGUGA